GUCUAGGGCGGAUGUUAUGUGACGACAAAGCCCCUCACACCAUUUUUUCACUCAAGUAAACAAAACAGUGCGGAGCUGCAGAACAGAGAGAGAACAGAUAGAACGAAAGGUGGAUUAACCUGAGUGGCUUAUCUGCUGCCUUACAGUGCCGGUGGAUAUGAAAGGGCAACAGAAAAGUUCAGACCCUGAUUGCAAUGUUCCUGUAAUUGAAGAAGGAGCAGUUGCUACUGCCGAGGACCCAUCAGCAAUUGCAACCAUUCAGUCAGCCACAACUUUCACCUCUGACCAGCCCAUCAAAUACCUCUUCAAGACGGAAGGAGCUGGGGGGCAGGUAGGGGAACUGUACCCUCCCACUGGGCAGGUAACAUACCGUGUAAUACAAGUUUCCGAUGGGCAAUUGGAGGCUCAACCAGACGGCACCACAGCUGUCAGUGUAGUUGCUGGCUUCCCAGCUACAACACAGCCUGUAACACAGGCGGUAUUCUCUCAGUCAGAAGGCUUAGAGGGAGAUGGCACAGAAACCCAUUACACUUAUUACCCAGCCACUAUUGCAGAUGGUGGAACAGGGACUAUGGUCGCUGGUGUGCAGGCCCCUGACACAAUCCUUAGUCAGGGCACAACUGCAGGUCAGUUAUACGUGAUGAUGUCCCCCCAGGAAGUUUUGACGGGAGCAAACCAGAGGUCUAUUGCACCUCGCACACAAUCUUUCAACACCAAGUCAGAGGCACCAAGAACUUCAAGAGAUGACAAACGGCGAGCCCAGCAUAAUGAAGUGGAGCGAAGGCGCAGAGACAAGAUUAAUAACUGGAUUGUUCAGCUUUCUAAGACUAUUCCAGACUGCACUUUGGAUGCUACCAAAACUGGGCAGAGUAAAGGUGGGAUUCUGUCCAAGGCCUGCGAUUACAUUCAGGAGCUGCGGCAGAAUAAUAACCGUUUGGGGGAGGAGCUUGGCACGCUUGAAAGGUUAAGAAUGGACAACCAGCUUUUACGGCAAGAAGUGGAGGACUGGAAAUCCAAAAAUCAGAUUUUGAGGAACCAGCUCCGACAACAUGGGAUUGUUGCUGCAGCAAGUGCGGACCCCCAGUGAAGAGUGGUUGGGGGUGUCUGAAGUGCUGCCUGCAGAAGGUCUAUAGUUCAAGUUGAAAUGAAGUUGCAGGAUUCAGAAUUCUGGAGCGAAAAUAAGCGGAAGUUUUACUUUGUGUAAGACCUCAAACAAUAUCUCUGACUUCCUGUCAUAGCGGCAAUCAUGGACAACGUUUAUUGCAGGAUUUAUCAACAUGCUUGCUGAUGGGGCUUCUCGUACCUGGACCUUGCAUUAACAUGUAUAUAUUUAUGUUUUAUAUACAUUUUUGUACUUGUUCUAAUUAUGCUUUUGAUUGUAUGUAUUGGUCAGGUUUUUGGCAUUGUCUCAUGCCAUUGAAGCAUGAUGUAUUCUUUUUUUGUACUUUAGUCUCUAACCUGAGGACAGUCAUUAAUAUUGCAUGAAUUAUGUUUUUUUAUUGAAUUUACUACAGGUUCAUGGCUUCCAUUUCCAACAAACGAACUACAAAAUAACUACUUUUCCAAAUUGAGUAAAGGAAUAGUCUCUAUUAAUACAAUGUAUUCUGUAUUAUACAGUUCACAGUACAUAUAAAUAAAUAGAUAUUCCCAAUAGCCAUUUGGGAAGAAAUCUUUAA